AUGGCAGACAUUGAUAACGACCAGGUCAAUGAUAUCGAGAUUGGUAUCGUAGGAAGUGGAAGUAUGGGUGGGGGUAUGACAUUGCUUUUCUCACAACACGGCUCAAGAAUAGGAUGUUACGAUUAUGACAAAGAAGCUGUUCAAAAGCUAAUGGACGAGGCUAAGCAAGAUGAGAACGUUGAUGAAAAACUGGUACAUGGGUUCACAUCUUUGGAGAAAUUAAUCAAAGCUUUCCCUACAGGAUCGGGCGAUAAGCAGAAACCCAGGAUACUCGUGCUUAGUAUGCCUCAUGGUAAACCGGUUGAUGGCAUCCAAAACGAUUUACUCCCAUUGUUGGAAAAGGGUGAUAUAGUCAUUGAUGGAGGGAACGAAUGGUGGGAAGAGACGGAGAGGAGACAGGCCAAAGCGAGGGAACAGGGAGUCGAAUGGGUAGGAAUGGGUGUGAGUGGUGGAUAUCAAUCUGCUAGACAUGGACCAUCGAUGUCACCCGGAUGUACCAAGGAAGCAUGGGAGUAUCUCAAGCCUUAUCUGGAGAAAUGGGCAGCUAAAACACCGGAGGGAGAGCCCUGUGUAAUGCAUAUAGGCCCAGGUGGAUCAGGUCAUUACGUCAAGAUGAUACAUAACGGUAUUGAACACGCACAUCUCUCUAUUCUUUGUGAGGUCCGAGCACUCUUACAUCAACAACUUGGUUUAUCCAACGACGAGAUCUCUGAUCUGUUCGAGUCAUGGUGGAAGUCUGGUCCACUUCGCGGGAAUUUCCUCGUCGGCAUAGGCUUCAAAGGACUCAGGUUUAAGGAAGGCGGUGGUAUAGAACACGCCGAAGAUGGUAUAGUAGAGAAAAUUGAGGAUAAAGUCACCCAAGAUGUUGAUCUAUCCGAAGGUACGGGCACUUGGUCAACCAAGGAGAUCGCCGAAAGACAUGUAGCUGCACCUGCGAUCGCAGCAGCGCAUCAACUUCGUAUAAUAUCUUCUGAUAAAUUCGAAAGGCUCAAGGUCGCCGAUAAUCUAGGUCUCCCUCAACCUUCCCAAGCUAAAGAAGCCAAGUUUGACAAAGGGGAGAAAGACAAACUGCUUGAGACUGUACAAACGGCUGUAUAUGGUGCGAUCCUUGGGGCUUUCAUUCAAGGACUGGAUAUUAUCACCAAAGCGUCUCAAGACCAAAAAUGGAACAUAUCACUGGCGACAUGUAUCAAGAUCUGGAGACAAGGUUGUAUCAUCCAGUCUGACGCUAUUGCCGAGUUCUUUCUUCCAUUAUUCGAAAAGUUUCCUCCAUCGGAGCCAAUCAACCUACUCAAGAGUAUACCCGAGAUAGCCAGGGAAUUAGCCAAGACGUACGAUGCGCAGAAAAAGCUCUACACCAUCGCUAUCGAAACUGAUGCUGUGGCUCCUGCUCUUGGAGCAUCUUUGGAAUACCUCAAGGCUGUCAAUUGCCGUGAUCUCGAUACCAACUUUAUGGAGUUAGAAUUGGACUACUUCGGCCAUCAUAAUUACGACAUCAAAGGUCAGGCUGAGAAGGGACAUGAGAAGGGUAAAUACCAUACGGAAUUUGCCAAGAUGCCAGGAGUGUAA